UACACAGUUGUUUGUUGGUGGCGUCAACUUUAGGUAGACUAGAAAAGCGGAACUAGCUAACUAGCCAGCUAGCAGCACGUUAGCUAACGUUAACAAGUCGCUCGUGUCUCGUUUUACGACCCUUACAACGCUGCUGCAACCUUUUCGACAAUGCCGCAGAAAAUCGAGCUCGGUGCCACAGGGGGAUCAUCCAAACCGGACAGCAGCAACAUGGACGACAUGACUGUGGAACAGAUGGCCAUGAGGGCCAACCAUGUGACCGACGAGUCGCUGGAAAGCACACGGAGGAUGCUGCAAAUGGCAGAAGAGAGCAAACAGACCGGUGCAAACACCAUGGUGAUUCUGGACCAGCAGGGAGAGCAGCUGAAGCGCGUGGACGAGGGCAUGGAUCAGAUCAACCAGGACAUGAGACAGGCGGAGAGGAACCUGACUGACCUCUCAAAGUGCUGCGGGCUGUGUGUCUGCCCCUGUGACCGGGUGUCGUCGAUAGAGAACGACUCAAAAUACAAGCGUACCUGGGGUUUGAGAGGAGGCGACGGCGAAAGUGACUCCAGCGGCUCGAAGGUGGUCUCGAGGCAGCCCUCGGGUGUUCGCAACGGCCAGGCCGGCCAGAUGAACAACUCGGCGCCCUCAGGCCCGUACAUCAAGAGGAUAACCGACGAUGCUCGUGAGGAUGAGAUGGAGGAGAACCUGGAUGCGGUGGGAAGCAUCAUUGGCAACCUGAAAACAAUGGCUCAGGACAUGGGCAACGAGAUCGACCAGCAGAACAAGCACAUUGACAGCAUCACCAAUAAGGCGGAUAUGAACAGGCUUCGCAUUGAUGAGGCCAACCAGAGAGCCAACAAGCUCCUCAAGUAGACAACGAACCCUACUUCUUCCAGUUCGAUCCAUCAACCUUGAGCCUCCGUCACCACACACACACACACACACACACACACACACACACACACACACACACACACACACACACACACACACACACACACACACACACACACACACACACACACGCGGACAUGCACAUGCAUCUUUUGACAUAAAAAAAAAGAAAUUCAGUCAGGAAGAAUAUCUUUGCCAGCGCCUUCUACUGCACUUAGAUGUAAAUAUAAUCCGCUAACAUUCUGUAUUUUACAAAUUGGCCACAGUCUUUGACAGGCGCCUUCAUAGUCACGCUGGACUUAGAGAAGCAGGAAGCGCAUCAGAAGCUGCACCAACGGGGAAGAGACUGACUGCCUGUCGCUGCUGGUUGAUGCCAAAGGUGCAGCGGGCCUGUUGCGUCAUAUCUCAACAUUCAGAGGGAGGGAGGUAGCACACGUCGACUGCUUCCCGUUUCUCUUUUGCCGUUCUCUUUAAGAAGUCUUUUUUUGUGUGCGUCUGGAUGAGGUCGCCGAUGCGGUUUCAUUAUAAACGCAUGGCCUUCUAUUGGUCCUGUCUUGAUACAGUUUAAUCUAGUUUAAUCAUAAAACCUUGGCUUUGACGCAGAUGCAUCCUACUUAAAUUUGAAUUGGUUCAAUGUGUAAUCAGGUUUAUGUAUCGUUUAUAUUUUUGAGAUGAUGUGCUUAUUUAAGAAUUCUUUAUCAGGCAAAAAUGACUUGUGAAGGGAGUUUUUUUUUUUUUUAUUUUAAAAACUUUUUUCGAGUCAUUCAUGCCAUUCCUGAUGUAAAAGCUAUUUCAUAACGUAAAAAAUAUUGUGCUUUCAGAGUGAGUUAAUGCUAGAAUUCAACGCACCUACCCCAGACGCAAUUAAUGUUUUUAAAUGUUCUGACUGAGAAGUCAAGGUUGUUGAAGGCAGGACGUUUAUUAGAGAGCUGUAUUGGUGUUAGAAAUGUAAUUAUAUAAAUAUCUAUAUACUGGCAAUCACUUGUCCUUCUAAUGUGAAGGAGGGUUAGUAAGAAUUGUGAGGAAAGUUAAUCAUUAACUCCUCCAAGCAUCUAGUAUAUUGUAACAUAACACUGAAUAUGUGAAACCACAGUAGAUUUGUCAUAAAUGGAUCAAUUGCUGUACUUCAUAUUUACCGUUUUAUUCCAUUUUGUUACCGCUACAACAUAUUGCAGCGGUUUAUAUUUGUUCUGAAAUUCCCUCAAGUUUAUUAAUUGCACACGUCUGUAAAAGUUUGAAGACACGUUUGCUUCUUAAACACUCGGCUGCACGUGGUUGGCAUUGCAGCACAUAUGCAGCCACUUGGUCAUAAUGUCAACUGGAAAGGUUGAAAAUGAGAGAAAUUAGCCUGAUCAAAAACUAUUAAUUUAGAAAUACGGGUGUGCAGGAAAUGUCGACGCCUUUUUAUAGAUGAUCCAAGGUUGUGUUGUAACAUCCGCUGUAUCACAAACGGCUCCUCCUGUAGCCGCGUCUGAUAGCGGAGCAGCAGUAAAAUGAUCAUAUCCGAUGAUCGAAAGCACCAUUUGUUUUGUGGGAGACGGAGCCGGGCUGGGAGAUGAAAAAGUAUCCGCGCGAAUGAUGAUUAAGAGGUGAAUGUUGAAUAAGUCCCGGCGGACUCUGUUUAGGCCUCGGUGGCAAUUCGGCUUAAGUAACUCAAUAUGCUGAAAGUAUUUCUUGUAUCCGCUUAGUCACAGAAAUGAUCCUUCGUACGCCCGUUGGCUUUGUAAGGAUUGAAAUGACGUGUUCUUCAGGGUUUGUUUGGCUGAACGCGAACGUCCGCAGCUCGUUGUGCAUCAGCUGGGAUCUAAUUUGUGCAGCCUGCUGGAAUGUUCUUCCACCUGUUCACCAUGGUCACAUGCAGCUUGUCGUUUAACACCUGGCUCUGUUAAAUUGUUCUUGUUCUCAAUAAAUCUAUUCUGAAAU